UAGCGGUUUCACCGCUUCAAGUUCGCGGUCAUCGGUGACGCCAUAGCGUAGCGGUAUUCUACUCGUCCUCCCGCCAUUUUGAUUUCUUAACCAAAGUGACUGAACGCUUGCAUUUUAAAGUUUAUAACUAACAGCUAAAAGUGUUGAUUAACAAAUGGAAUAAGUUUAUUGAGGACAUUGAGUGAAAUUAUUUUACUCUAAGUAUAUUGUGCUGUCUCACAUACCAAGUUAUAAUGGAUGGCCCAAAUCGUGGAUUUCGCGGUGGUGGACGCGGUGGUCCACCGGGUCUUCGAGGCCGUGGAGGCUUUGAAAUGCGUGGAAGGGGUGGCGGUCCGGGAAUGCGAGGUCGUGGCGGCCCUAUGAGAGGUGGUGGUCCGCCACGUGGUGGACCGCGCGGAUUUCGAGGAGGACCUAUGCGUGGCGUCGAAAGAGGAGGCAGGUUUCCACCGGGUCCUCAAGGUCCAGGACCUCACCCAGUACCAACAAUUGAAUCACGAGGUCCACCUCAAAGAGGAGGGUUUAAUAACAACAGAGGUGGUCCAGGAGGCAUGAGAGGUAGAGGUGGCAGGGGCAGAGGAGACUUUGGACCUCGCAAUGACAGAGGUGGACGUGGAAUGCCAAUGAGAGGCCGUGGAGGCAGAGGUGGCCAUGGUCCUCCACCAAGUGGGCUUCCUGGAGGUCCAGGUCCAGGACCCCAUGGACCGGCACUUGCUCCCGGGCCAAUUGUACCGCCACGAGCUGUACCAGCUCCGCAUCCAAUAGGCGCACCCCAAGGUGGGCCACCAUUUAAACGAGGUGGUGGACCAAUACAUGGUGGGCCUGGUGGUCCGCCAAAACGUGGAAGAUAUGAAGGACCACGAGGGUCCAAUGGUGGCAGGCCUCCACCAACCAGUGGUUAUCAACAAACAGCACCAUCACACAACACUCAAUCCACCAAUGGUUAUGGACCACCAUCGCAUACAGGGUACCAACCAUAUGAGCAGCCACCAGCAGAUCAAUACAAUACUCCACAAUCAUAUAAUACUCCAAGUUCAUAUCAAAGCAACUAUUCUUCACAAGCACCAGCUCAACCUAAUUCGGGCUACAACUCAAGUGGUUAUGGUUCUAAUUAUGGAUACUCAACUGGUGGCCAAGGAUAUGAAAAUGAUGGGUAUGGAAAUAACCCCGGUGGUGGUGGUGAUGCUGGCUACGGACCAGCUGAACCCGUAUAUGGAGGUCCCGCACCAGCAUAUGACUCAUACUCCCAGCCCUCUUACAAUACAUACCAACAAGCGCAACCACAAUAUAAUAACAACUAUGGCAGUUGGUGAUCUGUUUGACUAAGAAAAAUAUGAACAUCUAUAUGCAACUCUAAAUAUUAGUAGCUGGAUCGAUUAUUUGAAGAUUAUUUUUAAUUUGGAUCAAUUAUGGUUUAAUUUAUUUUGUCAUAAAUUAGGAAAAUCUUUGAAGGUUUUAAUGUUGAUAUAUUUAAAUAUUGACUCGGAUUAAAUAUGGCCUUGUUACAAAUGACUCAAGUCACAUAUGAAUUACUGACUCUUGCAAAAUACUGUUUUUAGUCACAAUAUAAUUAAUGAGAUUAAUAAUAAUACAUUAUGUAUUAAAGAAAUCCAAAUUUGUAACCAGUGGUUAGCAGUCGGCACCAUGUUUUAGAAAUUAAGAAAAUAAUUCGUAAUAAAAUUAUAAAAGAGAAAA